CGUGUGACGUCACGGACGGCGGAGAGCUGUUUGUUCUGGAUUCGGGGAGGAAGAUCCGCGCGCGUACUGACAACCAAUUAAAAAGGUGUGACGCCACCGUUGUCAGUGCGACCUGCUGUCCGAGGUCACUUUUAAAGUUUGGAUUAUUUUUUUUUAAAUAGACGGUUCUGCAUUUACUCCUCAGAAAGCCUCUGCGCCCCUGAAAGAGCGACGACCUGUAAAAAUGAACCCUUUUAAAUAGGAAACCCCCCCACCUCACACCCCGCUAAAUCCAACCCAGCGAAGAGCAGCAAAAUAGAGCCUAGUGAGGACUGCGAUGGGAUCAGUGACAUGUCUGGGGAGACUGGCCCUGGGACGAGACUGAGAAACUUGCCAGCCAUGGGAGACGGACUGGAGAACCAGCAGAUGUCCACGACGCAGGAGCAGGGGCAGGGCCAGGCACAGGCCCAGGCCCAGCCGGCGCAGCCCACCACUGCCUUCGACAACCCCUGCACUCCUGAGACAUCCUGCCCCGUCAGGCCCAAGCGGCAGACCAACCAGCUGCAGUACCUGCUCAAAGUGGUGCUCAAGACGCUGUGGAAACACCAGUUUUCCUGGCCUUUCCAGCAGCCUGUGGACACUGUCAAACUCAACCUCCCUGAUUAUUAUAAGAUUAUUAAGUGUCCUAUGGACAUGGGAUCAAUCAAGAGGCGCCUAGAGAAUAGCUUCUACUGGAACGCCCAAGAAUGUAUUCAAGACUUCAACACGAUGUUUACUAACUGUUAUAUCUAUAACAAGCCAGGCGAUGACAUAGUCUUAAUGGCAGAAGCCCUGGAGAAGAUGUUCCUCCAGAAGAUCUCAGAGAUGCCUCAGGAGGAGACAGAAAUCUCGGUGGUCUCUAAGGGACGAGGCCGAGGGCGGAAAGAAGCUGUCAAUUCAAAGCCUGGGACAUCCACACCCACACAUAAGAGGAGCCCCCAAACGCCACCACUGGCCCCCCAGACCAGGGGUCCGUCACAGACUGUGCAAACACCCCAAACCAGGGGCCCUCAACAGACUGCUCAGCCCCCACAGACGCGUGGUCCAUCGCAAAUUGGCCAGACCCCUCAGAGCACCAGGGGACCCACUCACGCACCCCAAUCCCGGGCGCCCUCACAGACUCUGCCAACCACCCAGACUCGGGCUCCUCCUCAACCAGCCCCGACGCUGCUGCAACAGCAGUCCUUUCCUCUGGUCACCCCCGACUGCAUCUUACAGACACCAGUCAUGACCGCCAUGCCUCCUCCUGCACAGACCACACUGCCGUCUACCCCCAUCAUGCAGACCCCAGCUCCGCCAGCAAAGCCGAAGAAGGGUGUAAAGAGGAAAGCAGACACCACUACCCCCACCACGAUAGACCAGAUGAGUGUAUCUUCGCCACUUCCGGCAGAGUCCAAAUCUGGGAAGACCAUGCCCAGACGUGAGAGCAGCCGGCCUGCUAAGAUGCCCAAGAAGGAGGCUCCGGACUCCCAGCAGCCCAGCCUGGCUCUGGACAAGAGCAGCCUCUCCAUGGGGGGAGGAGGAGGAGGAGGAGGAGGAGGCAAGCUGGUGGAGCAGCUCCGCUACUGCAGCGGCAUCAUCAAGGAGCUGUUUGCGAAGAAGCAUGCCGCCUAUGCCUGGCCUUUCUACAAACCCGUGGACGUGGAAGCACUGGGACUGCACGACUACCACGAUAUUAUCAAACACCCCAUGGACCUGAGCACUAUUAAAUCCAAACUGGACAAUAAGGAGUACCGGGAAGCUCAGGAGUUUGCAGCGGAUGUACGGCUGAUGUUUUCUAAUUGUUACAAGUACAAUCCCCCGGACCAUGAGGUGGUGGCCAUGGCACGCAGACUACAGAUUGUAGCUGGCUGUUUUCUGCAGGACGUGUUUGAGAUGCGAUUCGCGAAGAUGCCCGACGAGCCGGAGGAGCCCGCUAUCCCCGCCCCCUUGCCAGUAAUCCCUGCCCCCUCCAAGCCAGCCCCGCCCCCUUCGUCCAGCGACAGCAGCAGCGAUAGCUCCUCUGACAGCGAGAGCUCUACCGACGACUCUGAGGAGGAGAGAGCACAGAGACUGGCGGAGUUGCAGGAGCAGUUGAAAGCUGUGCAUGAGCAGCUAGCGGCACUGUCUCAACCGCAAGCAAGCAAACCAAAGAAGAAAGAGAAAGACAAGAAAGAGAAGAAGAAAGAGAAGCACAAGAAGAAAGCGCCGGUGGUGGAAGAGGUGGUUGUGGAGGAACAGCUGCCUAGGAAGAGCAAAUCCAAGGAGCCCCCUCCUAAGAAAACCAAGAAGAGCAGCAGUAAAAAGGAGUCUACAUCGGCAAAGAACAGCAAGCCCACCCCUGCUCCCCUCCCCCCUCCGGUUCCUCCACCCGCACCCACGUACAACUCUGAGGAGGAGGGGGCUGAGAAGUGCAAGCCCAUGAGCUACGAGGAGAAGCGGCAGCUCAGCCUGGACAUCAACAAGCUGCCAGGAGACAAGCUGGGCAGGGUGGUGCACAUCAUCCAGUCCCGGGAGCCCUCGCUCAAGAACUCCAACCCAGAUGAGAUUGAGAUUGACUUUGAGACGCUCAAACCCUCCACUCUGAGGGAGCUGGAGAGAUAUGUGUCAUCCUGCCUGAGGAAGAAGAGAAAGCCACCAGUGGCUGAGAAGACAAUGGAGAUUGGCAACGUUAAAACGAAGGCUGGCUCUUCGUCCGAGUCUGCUGAGAGCAGCAGUGACUCCAGCUCUUCGGAGAGCGAGGACUCUGACGCAGACAUUGCACCAAAAAGCAAGAAGAAAGGACAUUCGGGACGAGAGCAGAAAAAGCAUCACCACCACAACCAUCAUCAGGCCGCCCCAGCGCCACCUCCUCCCCCCCAGCCGGUGGUAAUGCCAGUGCCCCAGCAGCUGAAGCAGUCUCCCCCUCAGUUCAUUCCCCCUCCUGUCUCAGUUAUGGAUUCCCAGCUCUUGGGAAAUCCCUUCGACUCCAUGCCGCACUUCGGACAGUCUCUGAUGCACCUGUCCCACCCGGUGGACCUGCAGUCUCACCUGCCCUCCCAGCCUGAGCAGCACUCUCCUCCUCCCCCUCCUCACCUCAACCAGCAGCACCCAGCUGCAGUCUCCUCCCCAUCUGCCGAGACACAUCCGUACCUCAGCCAACACCCGGUCCUCUCCCCGCCAGCUUUGCACAACGCCAUGCCCCAGCAGCCCUCAAGACCCAGCAACAGAGCAGCUCCUUUACCUCCCAAGCCUCCGCAACAGCAGCAGCCACAACCCCACCACCAGCUGCCACACCACCACCUACACCAGCCCCCUCCCCAGCAGCACCCGCCCCCUUCCCCUGUUCCCCCUGCCCCCUCACACAGACCCCUACCUCAGUCUCCCACACUCACCCCACAGAACCUGCUCUCCUCCCAGCCUCCCCAAGCCCUGCUGGAAGAUGACGACGAGCCCUCCCCAGCCCACCACAUCAUGCCGCUUAGCCAGAUGCAGCUGUACUUGCAGCAGCUGCAGAAAGCUCAGCUGCAACAGCAACAGACCCCUCUCCUGCAUUCUGUGCAGGUCCAGUCUCAACCUGCACAGGCAGCCCCAGUGCAGCAGCACCACCCCCACCAGCACCACAAUCAACAGCCACCAGUCACUCAGCAACAGCAUCAACAGAGACACCUACACAUGCAGUACCCUGGUCACAUCCCACCUCCCCAGCAGCAGCAGCAGCAGCAGCAGCAGCAACAACACAAACCCCCAGUGCAGCCCCAGCAGGCAAAACCACAGCACGUCAUCCAACAGCACCACCUCCCCCAUCAGCAGCAGCAGCAGCACCACCAUCCGCCUCCGCCUCCGCCGCCGCAGCACAACCCUUCCCCUCGGCAGCACAAACCAGACCCUUACCCGACCGGGCACCCGAGGGAGGCUCCAUCGCCGAUAAUGAUGCAUUCCCCACAGAUGCCACAGUUUCAGACCAUGAUCCGCCAGUCAUCGCCUCAGCAGAAUGUGCAACCUAAAAAACAGGAGCAGAGACACCAGUCAGUGGUGCAGUCCCAGGCGCUGGUGGGAGUGAAGGAGGAGAAGAUGCACUCUCCAGUGAUCCGGACCGAGACCUUCAGCCCACCUGUGCGACAGGAGCCAGCAAAGCACCCGGAUAGCAUGAAGCCUCCUGCACACAGUCAGCCAAGGUCAGACAUGAAGCCUAUGGAGGGGUCUCGCCCUGUCAUCCGGCCCUCCGAGCAGAGCGGCCCCCCUCCUUCCAUUCAGGACAAAGACAAGCUGAAACAAGAGCCUAAAACACCCGUAGCACCUAAGAAGGAUCUGAAACUCAAGAACAUGGGUUCGUGGGCCAGCCUGGUACAGAAGUCCACCUCGACACCGGCUUCCACUGUGAAGUCCUCAAGUGACAGCUUUGAGCAGUUCAGGCGAGCGGCGCGUGAAAAGGAAGAGAGGGAGAAGGCUCUGAAGGCUCAAGCAGAGCAGGCAGAGAAGGACCGAGUCCGGAGGGAGCAGGGGAGGAUGAGGAAUCGUGACGAUGAAGACUCAUUGGAACAUGUCCGGAGAGCCCAUGAAGAGGCACGCAGAAGACAGGAGCAGCAGCAGCAGCAGCAGCAGCAGCAGCAGCAGCAAGCAGCCCAGUCUCCAUCUGUUCAGACUCAGCCACAAAGCUCACAGCAGCAGCAGCAGCAGCAGCAGCAACAGUCAUCGCAGUCCAUGCUAGACCAGCAGAGGGAGCUCGCGAGGAAACGAGAGCAAGAGAGGAGGAGGAGGGAGGCGAUGGCAGCUACCAUUGACAUGAAUUUCCAGAGUGAUUUGAUGGCAAUAUUCGAGGAGAAUCUUUUCUAAAGUCAAGACUCCAGCUUGCCUCUCCAUCCAGACUCUUGAAAGUACCGUUUAGAAUUUUGUUUCUGACGAAUCCUUGAUUCUGUAGUGUUACUUUGGGGGAUGGUGCAGGGAGGGGGGGGUGUUGGAAAUGAAACUAAUGGCCGAUGGAACCUGUCUGAGCAGACGUGUUUGGAUACAGGAAGAGAAAAGGGACUGGGUGUGGGUCUCGUACACACUGAAACUGUCUGCCUUACACUUUUGACUUGUACACACACAAUAUAGAUAUUGAACAUAAAAACAGAAAUCCAAUGAUGUCCAGAGCACAGGUAUUGUGCUUUUCUGUCUGUAGAAUGUACUACUGUAAAGUGUUUGUUUUUUUUGUCUUCAUAUCCCCCCCCCCCCCCCCC